AGAUAUCGGAGCAUAAGAGAUAUGAGUAAGGGAUAUGCGGUCCCGAGUAUCAAGGACUAGUGAUAGAAAAGUAUAAGACGGGGGCCAAUUCGCAAUCGCGCUCCGACCUUAUACUGAUAAUACUACUCUCGAAAACAUUGAUAUAGAUAGUAGAAUAAGCUUAUUAAAACCUUCAUUCAAGAUGUCGGGACAAGGUAUCGAUCGUUAUGAGCAUGUGCCUGUCACUAAAGAAGACCUUGACUGGGCUGAUUUGAUCACCCUCGACCUGAGCCUAUAUGAGCAACCAAGGGGCAAGGAAGAGUUAGUGAAGCAGCUUGAUCAUGCUGUUCGCAAUGUCGGCUUCUUCUAUGUCAAGAACUUCAACAUUUCCCAAGAGGAAGUUGACCGGCAAUUCGCUCUCGGGCGGGAGUUCUACAACCUUCCUCUAGAAGAGAAGUUGAAGUACCACAACAAGCAAGACCUAGAGAGUGGUGAGUACAACGGAUACCGGCCUGCAGGUCACCGAAUCCUCGGAAACGGCGUCAAGGACAACGUCCAAGUAUACAACAUCCCCAAAUUCGACGGCUACCACGCGCGCAAGCAACCUCCAGUACUCGCAGACAACAUCAAAGAAAUCGAGGCUUUCUCCAGAAAAUGCCACGAAGAAGUAGUCCUCAAACUCCUGCGCCUCUUCGCAAUCCUCCUCGAGCUGCCCGACGAGGACCAACUAGUCCGGGACCACCUUUACGACGUCAAAGGCGAGGACCACCUCCGGUACAUGCACUAUGCCGCACGCAGCGCAGAAGACAACCGCAAAGUCGGUGAUUUAUACGGACCGGGCCACACAGACCUAGGAACCGUAACCCUACUCUUCCGGCAACCAGUCGCAGCACUGCAGAUCUUAAACUCAGCCGGACAAUGGAAGUGGGUAAAGCCCCAAGACGGGACUAUCACGAUAAACACCUGCGACGCGCUGACCGCGCUCACGGGUGGUUUGAUUAAGUCCAGCGUACACCGCGUGCACGCUCCACCGACAGACCAAGCGCACGUAGAUCGUCUCGGCGUGUUAUAUUUCGCGCGGCCCAAUAACCACGUCUUAUUAGACCCAAUUGCAAACAGUCCUUUGCUAAACCGGUUAGGGUUAACUUCGAAUGCGUUUACGGAGUUGGGUCAACACCUUACUACGGAGCAAUGGGUUAAGGUGCGUCAGACGCAGCAGCAGAGACCCCGGACUAGUGCCAAGAUUGAUGAGCAGGGGAAGUACACGUAUGAAAAGAAGGAUUUGGAGAUUUUGCCUGGGUUGCAUGCUGUUAUUCAUAAUUAAGGUGAUUAGCUAUAUCGUCAAUUGGAUCAGUGGGGAAGCGCGUUGCAUGUUUUCAAUCUCAUAGCGGUGACCCGGUAUGCAGGUAGUCCCUAGGUCAAUGUGAGGGU